AUGGGAUCCGGCAGCGACACCGUGGACAAGGACAGCGUCUUCGCCAACUAUAAGUCGGUGUUCUCCCGCCAGUUUGCCGUCUCCCUGGCAGUGGAGUUUGUGGGCGUGAUGUUCUUCCAGAUCCUUGGUGGCACGUCAGCUCCGAAGUUUGCACCCUUCGUGAACGGCUUCGCGCUGGCCGUCUGGAUCUAUGUUGCUGCCAACAUCAGCGGCGGUCACCUGAACCCUGCCGUGAGCUUCAGCACCGCCGUCUGCGGCUUCUAUCCCCUCAUCCACACGCUGGUCUACAUUGCCCUCCAGAUCAUUGGCGCCAUCGUCGGGGCCUGGGUCUCGGCUGGACUGGUGCCUGGUGCGGGUGACCUCAUCCACAGUGGAGCCACCGGCCCAGGAUGCUUCGACCGUACCACGAUCCACAAGGACCUGACCGACGAGCAAGUCUUCGGCUGGGAGUGCGUCAUGACCUUCACCCUGAUUUCUUGCGUCUACGCCUGCGGUGUGGCAAAGCCAGGUCACGGCAGCCACACGCCUUUCGCCGUGGGCCUGGCGCUGCUCGCAUGCGCGGGGUCUGGCGGUCAAUACACCGGCGCCGCCUUGAACCCCGCCCGCGUUCUGGGCCCAAUGGUCAUCUUCCACUGUGGCAACGACGUGGCAGGCCUCUACAUUGGAGGGCAGUUUGUGGCAGCGAUGCUGGCGAUGUCCGUCUUCGCAUUCGUCUCGGGCCUUGGCCCCCUUAACCCCUGGGUAGCCAAGCGCGCUUUGAGCCUCUCCUGGCCAGAAGCUGUCUACCUCUGGAUCACGGGCUCGCCUCCCAGCCGUCUUCAGAAGACCGGGCGCGAGAACAUCAACGACUUUAAGCAGCAGUUCGCCGAGUUCUACGCCAGCGAGGGAUCGGACGUGCCAAAGUCCAAGAUCUUCGACGUGGAGCGCUGCUUUGGCAUCCGCAAGCUUGUGGCGGCUGACAGCCAGGCACAAGACCUCGCGUGA